AUGGAUUGUUUUGACGGAUCUUCCGGGCAGUUCCGGGACUUCACGAAGGGUGACUUUGAGGCCGACUGGAUUAAAGUGGCAGAAUGCAGAUUUGGUCAGGUGUACCAGGUCAAGCUCAAACUCUGGCGGGAAAAAUGUGCCCUGAAAAACUUUGACACAACCAUGUGUCCAAACAACUUUUACAGAAGAAUAAUGGACGAGGCGUCCAACAUGGUCAAAGUGAAAUUCAAAUACAUCAUGUCCAUCUACGGACUGUGUAGUGAAGCGACAGCUGUGGUGAUGGAGUACAUGAGCAAUGGAUCACUUAACAAUCUCCUAGCCAGUCACACGCUGAUGUGGCCAAAGAAGUUCCAGAUGAUUCAUGAGGUCUCCAUGGGCAUGAAUUUCCUCCACAGCAUGAAACCUCCGCUACUUCAUCUUAACCUCAAGACGUCAAACGUCCUACUAGACGAUCAUCUCCAUGUCAAGAUUUCAGAUUUCGGUCUGAUCCACUGGGAAGAGGGAAUGAGCAAGAAGUUGUUCAUGGAGCAUCUGACAGCAAGAGGGAACAUUAGUUACAUUCCACCGGAGACCUUCACUCAGUGCCCCGAUCCACCAGGAACUACGUUUGAUGUUUACAGCUUUGGAAUUGUGAUGUGGGAGAUUCUGACACAGCAGAAACCGUACGCAGGGUGCAGUGUGACCACAGUGCUCCUACAGGUAUCACAAGGGAGGAGACCCUGUACGGAGAUCAUACCUGAGGAGAAGCCCCACGAGUGUGACCCCAUGAUCAGCCUCAUGCAGAAGUGUUGGGACCAGGAUAGCAGGAAGAGGCCACUGUUCUCAGACACCGUGAUAAAGACGGAGGCUCUGAGUGAAGUCCUGAAGAUCCCAGGAUCAAUCCACAGAAACGGCGAUAAGGAACAAACGCUUGAUUAUUCUUGGCUGGUUCCCCCGAUACCUAAGAUGACUUUGCCUGAGAUGCCUGACAUUCCCUCAGAUGACCAACAUGCCCCAUACAGCAUUCUCUCGCUUUUGUCCAGAAAGGACUUUCGUAGUUUCAGACAGUCUGUGAAGAGGGAGGAUGUGUGCACUCCCUUUUCAGGGGAAAAGAGCCUCCUCCACUACACGGUAGUCAGCGGAGAUGCCUCAAGUGUUGCGCAUGUCUUAAGUCUGGAUGCCGAAGUCAACUGUACAACUGCCCUAGGUUACACGCCACUUAUUAUUGCUGUCUUGUACAGGCUUCAUGACAUCAUCUCUCUACUGCUGGUUCAUGGGGCAUCAGCCACCCAGGGGGAUGAGGACCAGUGGACAGCUCUACAUUUUGCUGCUCAGAACGGCGAUGACAGAGCUGUACGUCUCCUUUUGGACAAAGGUGCUGCGGCGGAUGCCCAGGAAAAAACCGGCUGGAUGCCCCUCCAUCUGGCCUGCCAGAACGGCCACGAAGCAGUGGCGCGCCUGCUGCUUUCACGGCUGUCGAAGGAAGCAGUCGGACAAAAGGAGGAAACACGAGGGAAGACAGGGCUACACCUAGCCUCCGCCUACGGAUAUCUGAAUAUUGCCAAGCUCCUCCUCUCAAAGGGAGCAGAUCCCAAUGUUAUAGAUGCCACGGAUUCCACUGCUCUUCACCUGUCGGCCGGGGAAGGCCAUAAUAGAGUUGUAAGAUGUUUGCUGGAUGGUGGGGCGAGCAUCGACAGUGUGGACAGCAAGGGCUACACUGCACUGCACCUGGCUGCUCUGAAGGGUCACACAGGCAUAUGCAGGCAGCUGUUGUCAAAAGGAGCCAGCCCAGACUCCAGGACCCUCCAAGGCUGGACUCCCAUUCACCUGGCUGCCCUUAGAGGUCAUGGAGCUACCAUGGUCCAGCUGGAGAGCCAGGGUGGUUGUGUGAAUGUUAAGGGUGAAAAUGGAUGGACUCCACUCCACCUCGCCUGCCACCAGAGCCAGUCGGAAGUGGUGGCAAAGCUUUUGACGGCCAAAGCAGAGCCAAAUGUGACGGAGGACCGUGAAGGAUGGACACCACUACAUGCAGCCUGCACCAGUGUUAGUUUCCCAUGUGUACUCCACUUGAUAACACAUCAUGCAGAUGUUAAUGCUGUAAGCAAAGGAAAGACGACACCUUUACACCUGGCGGCCCAGCAUGGCUGUGUGCCGAUCGUAAAGGCUCUACUGCUGAACGGGGCCGACACGACACUUCUGGAUUCUUCUGGGGCCACAGCUCAGGCUGUGGCUCAGAAAUGUGAAAAGGGGGAUAUAGUGGAGCUUCUGGAAAAGGGAUGUUAA